AUGUCACUUUCAGAACCCAAAGAAAAAUUAAAUUGCAGAUUAAAACAUAAUUAUCCACUGCCCAUAAUUUUAAAAGGCGGAAACGAAAUAUACAAGUUCCAAGGUUUAUACAACGGUUUUUGCGUGGAAGUGACAGACGAUGAAGAGGUUAGAAACCUUGUUUCUAUGGGUUAUUUCGGAAAAGCUAAUUUAUCAAGAAGUUUCCCCAAUUUUGUGAACAAAGAAAAGGUGGAAAUAUUGCGGGAAAGACAGUUUAAACGUAGAAAACACUGGGGUGGUGGUAAAACCAAAAAAGUGCUUGUUGUGAAUGAUUCCGAUAGUGAUAUAGAAAUUAAUGAAUAUUUGAAAGAAAUCACCCCUAAAUAUGAGAUUGAUUCAUCAAAUAUCAAAGAAAAACUUUUUAUGGGUUUGGAGGAAGCAUUUUUCCUUGCCAGUGCUGUGAAAUGUUUAAAUAUAACCCACAAUAACAACAUUCUAUGUGAUGACGAAAUUUGGAAUUUAUUUUCAAAAGAAAACAACUUAUUUCAGGAAAAUUAUGUGGUUUACUAUUACUAUAGGUCUAAAAACUGGGUUGUUAAACCCGGUAUUAAAUUCGGGGGCGAUUUUUUGUUAUACAAAGAGGGCCCCCCUUUUUAUCAUGCUUCCUAUGUGGUAAUCAUAGAUAUAUUUAAUGAAAAAUUACAGAGAAUCAAUAAAAACUACCGAAGAUCUAUGAACAGUAUGGAAAUUUUGGGUUUGAAUCGAUUGUGUGAAACAUCAGGGAAGGAAUUACUAAUUUCCCAAGUAAUUUUACCUUCUGAACUAGAAAAUAUAUCAUAUUUAAACCUAAAGGACUUUGAAAUACGCGAAAUAACGUUAAAAAGGUGGCUAUUAAAACAAGAAAACUCAUAA